GGCGGGGCUUGCGAGUGACACCAGCGGCAGCCAAUGGGAGGAGCCUCGUGGACAGCGCCUCAGGUCCCGGUUUCUGUUUCCGGUGGCAAGAGGCGGGCGUUCGGCCUGUCUGCGCGAGGGGGGUGGCUGCGCAACCACUGCCUGAUGCCGCUACACAAGUACCCUCCGCGGAUCUGGGAAGCUCUGAAACUGAAGCAGGGCAUCUAUGCCCGUCUGCCUGCUCAUUAUCUCAAAUCACUACAGGAUAAUACACAGCCCACCCCAGUUCACUGGAAACCCCUUGGGGUGAAAUAUAAAUUAAAUCCCAAAACAGGCCAACGAGAGCGAGUGCAGGAUGUUCCUAUCCCAGUCUACUACCCCCCAGAGUCUCAGCAAGGGCUCUGGGGAGGAGAAGGCUGGAUUUCUGGCUUUCGGUAUGCUGGCAAUGACAAACUCUCAAACAGACUGAAGAAGACUUGGAAGCCACAGCUUUUUGAGCGGGAGUUAUAUAGUGAGAUCCUUGACAAGAAAUUGGCCAUUACAGUCACCAUGAGAACCCUGGACCUGAUCGACGCAGCCUAUGGAUUGGAUUUCUACAUCCUCAAGACUCCAAAGGUUGAUCUGUGUUCCAAGCUAGGGAUGGAUUUGAAACGAACAAUGCUGCUACGGCUCGCUCGGAGGGACCCUAGCCUGCAUCCAAAUGAUCCAGCAAAGAGAGAGGCUAUCUAUAACAAGUAUCAGGAAUUUGUGAUCCCAGAAGAGGAGGCUGAGUGGGUUGGGCUGAGUUUGGAAGAAGCUGUAGAAAAGCAGCGGCUUCUAGAGAAGAAGGACCCUACUCCUCUUUUUAAAGUGUACGUGGAAGAGCUGGUGCAGCAGCUCACAGAGCAGUCGCUCUCUGAAGCAGCAGAAGUGAAGAAAACCUAGCUAGGAACAGCUUCCUGUCACAGCCUGGAGUGUGCGGCCUUCCAGGACUAUUGAUUUCAGCAGGCCUCCCUCUGCCUCCUGAGUCACUCGUGCGGCAGAGAAAGUUGGGCUGUUGAAGAGUUGGAUCCAGAGUGAUCAUGGCUGCUACUGCACUCUAGCAAUAAUAUAGUGGCACAAAGUGAAGUCUAAAUUCAGAAAGAAAAUGGCCCCUUUUGGUCAGGGGAAGGACUUACCCCCAUUGCUUCCCAUCAUGCGCCUGUUAUACUGACCAGAGUGACCGCCAUCUGCCUCUGCAAAUAAUUCCCUUUGGGUCUUGAACUGGGAGCUGAUUCAGAUGCUUUGAACUGGAUUCCUGAUGUACAAUGAAAUGUGCUUAUUCAGAGCAUCAAUAAAUAUCUUUGCAUCUGAUAACCCUAA